AUGGCAGAUUUUUACUAUGCGGAAGAGCAAACGUUUGCGGCCCCCGGGUCGCGGACGCAGACGGGCACCACCGGACCUACGAACAAGAUUUAUGGCAAGGGUCUAAAGGACGUCGACGACGGCGAUAUCGAGGGAAUGUUGUCAAAGCUGAGCGCGGCCGAAUUGGAGGAUUUGAACAACGAUUUUGAUCCCGAUAAUUCGAUGCUUCCACCCUCUCAAAGAUGCCAAGAACAAACCAGCAAAGUUCCAACUGGCCCCUACAAGCGUGAGCGCCUGAUGCAAUUCCUGGAAGAUACAGCAAAAAAUGAAAAAGAUUGGGAUGAAACUGUCCCUUAUCAAAGGGGAACGCAAUUCGUUGAUGAGAAUGCUGGGGCGUCGAAGGGUAUCGGGAUGGAGAUGCCAAUUGAGUUCGAUCUAGCCACACCAGAUGACGACGAAUUGAGUGUCGAGGAUGAGGAGAUUGUCAUCGAGAGAGCGCUCAAAAAGGCCCCGGAAAAUGAUCUGGUCGAUUUGGCGGGGAUUCUUGGG